UGUGGGAGAGGGAAAGAGACAUAGGGACCAUGGGAGACCCACAGAAACAAAGAGAUACUAAGAUAUCAAUAGGGGCUUCCCUGGUGACGUGCAGUGAUUAAGAAUCCACCUGCCAGUGCAGGGGACACAGGUUCGAUCCCUGGUCCAGGAAGAUCUUACAUGCUGCGGAGCAACUAAACCCAUGCACCACAACUACUGAACCUGUGCUCUAGAGCCUGUGAGCCACAACUACUGAGCCCAUGUGCUACAACUACUGAAGCCUGCGCACCUAGAGCCCGUGCUGCGCAAAAAGAGAAGUCACCACAAGAAGCCCGUGCACCGCAACAAAGAGUAGCUCCUGCUCGCCUCAACUAGAGAAAGCCCUCACGCAGCAACGAAGACCCAACACAACCAUAAAUAAAUAAAUAAAUAAAUUUAUUAAAAAAUAAAAGAUCAAUAGACACACAUUGAUCAAACAAACAAGAGUGGGUGUACCAGUUAAAAUGGAAAAUGGAGAAUGAGGAUAUUCUACAACUCUCAAAGUUAUCAAGAUAAAGACCUCUGAUGGUGACAUUCACUCCUAAGGUAGCCUGGAAAGUGAGAUAAGCUUUGCCCACUUUCCCUGGUUGACCAGAAAGCCCACCCCAGCUGAGGGGGCUAAGGAUGAAGAGCCAUCCAAUAAGAGACCCUAGCCCAGGACUGUGGGCUGUAGAUGCCAGCUAGUCACAUUGAUGAUCUCAGGAACUCGGUGUUCCCAUCAGGAAAGGAGGUGGCUGGCUUGACUCCAGCCCUCAUAUCCAAGAUACUGACUGCUGAAGGACUAGGCUGAACAAAGGCAGCCAGACAUUUUUACAUUCUGGAACCACCGGACAAGACAGCUUUCCUUCAGAAUGGAGUCUUCUGGACUUUUGAGCAUCCUGGUGCUAUCCAUCCUUCUAAUGAAUGGCCGGGGACGUGGUCUGACUGACUGGUUCUUUCACAAGAGAUGCCCCAGAAUCCAAGAUAACUGUGAAUUCAAAGAAAGGGAUGAAUGUUCGAAGGACAAAAAGUGUCCAAGACAUGAGAAGUGUUGCUUCUUCAGCUGCAGAAGAAAAUGCUUAAACCUCCAACAAGACAUAUGCAGUAUGCCCAAAGAACCUGGCCCCUGCUUGGCUUUUUUCCAUCGUUGGUGGUAUGAUAAGACAAAUACUACCUGCUCCAGCUUCAUCUAUGGCGGCUGCAAAGGAAACAAUAACAACUUCCAAUCCCAAGCCAUAUGCCAGAGCACCUGCCCCCCAAAAAGACUGUUCUGCACUCAAGCUGAGCAAGCUUCCCAGGGAGCCAGAGAAAACUCAGAGCAGAGAAGUAGAGACUCCGACACUUGAAGUGGGAAGCUAUCAGUGUGCACUGGAUAUUAUUCAGCCAUAAAAAGGAAUGAAGCACUAAUACAUGCUACACUGUGGAUGAACCUAAAAAACAUUCCGCUAAGUGAAAGAAGCCACACA